AUGUCAACCAAGCAUCUCCUUCGUCACAUCCAUUUCCAGGACUUGGUCCCGUUCCAGGCCAUCUCGAAAUUACAAGAUAUCCUCGUUGCGCAGAAUCUGGCCCAUAAAGCCUCUCCUCUCACCAAACCCGCACCGCUUCCUACAGUUGUGUCCUUUACCCCAUUCCCCGUCUAUACAUUCGGUCGACGCGAUCUGCCUACCACAUUCGCACCGGCAUUUCUAGAGAAACUACAAGAACCACUAGCACCCAAAGACACCCAGACAAUUCGCGAUAUUUUGAAAAGUAAUGAUCAGUUGGAUAGUUUUCCAGACACUCCUUGGACCCGCGCAGAGAUCGUGCCUACCCUCCGGGGUGGCCUCACAACUUUCCAUGGCCCAGGCCAGCUAGUUAUAUAUCCUAUCCUCGACCUCAAAUCUCCUCUCAUUCGAAAUCCUCUACCAGACACUUCAGAACCAGUUCCCCACCCCAACGGUCUAGAUGUCCGCUCUUACAUCUCCCUCCUCGAAGCCACAACCGUCGAUGUCCUUAAAUACCUUGAGAUUACCGCACACUUGACCGGCGAUCCUGGGGUCUGGACCCAACCUCGUCACCGCGAUGUAGAACUAUACGAGGGACAGAAAAGAGAAACCCCCCGCAAGAUUGCCGCUGUAGGCGUCCAUCUACGAAGAAAUAUAACAUCCUAUGGCCUUGCCAUAAACAACGCCACCGACCUACGCUGGUUUGACCGCAUUGUUCCAUGUGGUCUGGUAGGUAAAGGUGUUACCUCAAUCUUCGAACAGACAAAACCGAUAUGGCGCCGUAAAAUCGCCAAGGAAGACCCCUUCGGCGACCACGUCAAAUUGUUAAACUCCAGAAUAGCAACAUCCUGGGUCCGCGACUUCACAAAAAAGAUAUGGAAUUCGCCGCUCGUAAGAGAAACUAUCCCAGCCAUGUUGCCUUGGUGGUAUGAUGGUAAAAUUAAAAGCGCGGAUUUCCAUCUCGGAAGGCGGUCGGAUUUCUACAAUGAUUUGGGACCGUUUGAGAAGGAUGGACUCGUUCAGUACAUAAGGGUCGGAAGUGGGGUUGAAAAGCCAGGGGGCGUGGAAACGCUCGCUAAGUUUUUGGAGACUGGGGAAAUGGACGAUCCGACGGUGAAGAUUAAGACGAGGAAGCGAGGGCCUAUGUUGAUCUCUUUCAAAGAUAAUGAUUCGGAGUUUGAAGAGGCGAUGAUGGCGUUUAGUCAGAGUACAACCAAUGUGGACCUGCAACCGGAGGUUGGCGAGACGUUGUUGAACUCUCGACGGAAGGGAUUUAGAAGUUUUAAGAUUACGCUUAAUCAUGAUAGAACUGACCAAGAACCGGAUCUCGAGAUUGAUAAUGGGCUGUUGGACUCUCGACGGAAGACUGACGAGGACCUGGAUUCGAAGGUUGAUGAUAUGCCGUUGGAGUCUCGACAGAAGGGAUUUGGAAGUCAAAAGAACUUGGGUAUCUUGGACGAGGAUUUGGACCCCGAGAUUGUGGAUCUGGAUCCCGAGAUUGAUUAUAUGAGGGGGUUUAAAAAGUAUACCAACCUGGGUUAUAUCAAUCCAUUAAGACUUCGAAAGAAGGGGCAUAAGAGUUACAAGAACCUAGGCAUGGUGCGAGGAUCUGGAUCCCGAGACUGA